AGUUUCCCCGGCCUCUCGUUGAUUCUCUCCUGCUGCACGUUUGAGUGUUGACCAAACAACCUAACUUUACGCAGACUGACCUGUGGACAGACGUGACGCACGGAGAGGAGUCUGGGCUCCAGGAGGAGAGCACCUGAACGUGUUUAAAGGACUCCUGGUGUCUCUGCUGGAGCAGUAACCCGUGAAACAAAGAGUACAUUUACUACUGUAGCUGCACACUGCCCGGCUGACGGUGCUCCAUCCUGCAGGCGCUCAGGAGGAACAUCAUGGACUGAAACUCUCGGACCUGCUUCCUUUCUCUCUGCUUGAAAUCACACUAACAACACAUGAGUUGGAUUGACCGGACGCGCGGUUUCCAUACAGUAAAUCCUCGGGGAUUAAAAUAACGAGGGCAAUGGAUAAUUUCUUCACGGAGGGCGACCGGGUGUGGUUACGGGAGGAUGAGCAGUACCUUCCCAGCACCGUGUCCUCAUGCUCUGGAGGUGUUGUUGCCUUUGCCACAGACUAUGGCCAGGUGUACACCUACAAGCAGAACGCCCUCAGCAGACAGAAGGUGCAGCCCAUGCAUCACAGCAGCAUCAGAGGGGUGGAGGACAUGUCCACCCUCGAGGACCUUCAUGAUGGCGCCAUCAUGCACAACCUCUUCCUGCGCUACCAGCAGAGACACAUCUAUACAUACAUUGGUUCCAUCCUGGCGGCAGUGAACCCUUACCAGCCACUCGCUGGCCUGUACGACCGGCCGGCCAUGGAGUUGUACAGCCGAAACCACCUCGGGGAAAUCUCCCCGCACAUCUUCGCAGUCGCCAACGAGUGCUACCGCUCACUUUGGAAGAGGCUGCAGAACCAGUGUGUCCUGAUCAGUGGAGAGAGCGGCGCAGGGAAAACCGAAAGCACCAAACUGAUCCUGAAGUUCCUGUCGGUCAUGAGCCAGCACUCCCUGGAGGUGUCGUCCAGAGACAGGACGUCCCACGUGGAGGAGGCGCUGCUGGAGAGCAGUCCCAUCAUGGAGGCCUUCGGAAACGCCAAAACCGUCUACAACAACAACUCCAGCCGCUUUGGGAAGUUCGUCCAGCUGCAUUUCAGCCAGAAGGGAAACAUCCAGGGAGGCAGAAUCAUCGACUACCUCUUAGAGAAGAACCGAGUGGUCCGGCAGAACCCCGGGGAGAGAAGCUACCACAUCUUCUACGCUCUGUUAGCAGGAACCAACAGCCAGCAGAGAGAGGCGUUCGGGUUGACGCAGCCUGACAGCUACUACUACCUGAGACAGUCCAGCGUCCUCGCUGACAACACGAUCAACGACAGCAGCACUUUUCAGGAUGUUCUGAAUGCAAUGCGAACGAUGCAGUUCACGGAGGAGAACAUCGGGGAGAUCCUGCGGCUCCUCUCCGGGAUCCUCCACGCAGGGAACAUCGAGUUCAUGACGGCCGGAGGAGCGCAGGUCUCCGCCAAAUCAGCUCUCAGCCGGACGUCGGACCUCCUGGGGCUGAACCCAGAUCAGCUGGCCGAAGUCCUGACCCACCGGUCCAUGAUCCUCAGGGGCGAGGAGAUCUCCACGCCGCUCACUGUGGAACAGGCGGUGGACUCCAGAGACUCCAUGGCGAUGGCACUUUAUUCUCAGUGUUUCAACUGGAUCAUCCGCAAACUCAACAAACGCAUCAAAGGAAAAGAAGACUUCAAAUCCAUCAGCAUCCUGGACAUCUUUGGAUUUGAGAACUUCGAGGUCAACCGCUUUGAGCAGUUCAACAUCAACUAUGCAAAUGAGAAGCUUCAGGAAUAUUUUAACAAGCACAUUUUCUCCCUGGAGCAACUUGAAUACAACAAGGAAGGUCUGGUUUGGGUCGACAUCAACUGGAUGGACAACGGAGAAUGUCUGGAUCUGAUCGAGAAGAAACUGGGUCUCCUGGCACUGAUGAAUGAGGAGAGUCACUUCCCCAAAGCCACAGACGGCACCUUACUGGAGAAGCUCCACAGCCAGCACUCGAAAAACUCUUUCUACGUGAAGCCACGUGUUGCCGUGCACAACUUUGGAGUCAAGCACUACGCAGGAGAGGUGGUGUACGAUGUGAGGGGCAUGUUGGAGAAGAACAGAGACACUUUCAGAGACGACAUCCUCAACUUACUGAGGGAGAGCAGGUUGGACUUCGUCUACGAUCUGUUUGAACACGUGUUGAGCAGAAACAAACAGGACACCCUGAGGGGCAGCUGCAAGCACCGACGGCCCACCGUCAGCUCACAGUUCAAGGAUUCUUUGCACUCCCUGAUGGCCACACUCAGCACUUCCAAUCCGUUCUUCAUUCGAUGCAUCAAACCAAAUACACACAAGAUGCCUGACCAGUUCGACCAGACGUUGGUUCUGAACCAGCUCAGAUAUUCGGGCAUGUUGGAGACGGUCAAGAUUCGACGGACCGGCUUCCCCGUCCGCAGACCUUUCCCAGACUUCUGCUUCAGGUACAAGGUGUUGAUGCGGGGCGUGAUGAUGCCGGAUGACCCCCGGGGCAGCUGCGUCCAGCUGCUGCAGCUGUACGACAGCAGCAGUGCAGACUGGCAGCUUGGAAAGACCAAGGUGUUUCUUCGGGAGUCUCUGGAGCAUCGGCUGGAGAAGCAGAGAGAGAUGGAAGUGAUGAGAGCCGCCAUGAUCAUCCAGGCCCACGUCACAGGCUACUUGGCCAGAAAGCAGUACAGGAAGCUGCUGCAGUGCAUUGUGGUCAUUCAGAAGAACUACCGGGCUUUCUACUGGAGGAGGAAGUUCCUGCUCCUGCGCUGGGCGGCUCUCACCUUCCAGAAACGUGUGCGAGGCCAGCUGGCCCGCCGGGCCUUCAGCCAGCUGAUGGAGGAGAGGAAGAGGAGGGAGGAGGAGGAGGAGCGCUGCAGGAGGAUGGAGGAGGAGAUGGAGAGGGAGAGACAGAGGCUGGAGGCUGAGAAACUCGCCAAAGAGGCUGAGGAGGCCAGAAGACUGGAAGAGCUUCAUCAGGCGGAGGAGUUGGCCUCUCUGGCUCUGCUUCAGAUUCAAUCUGCAGGAGCAGCUGCAACAUCACCGGACACCUCGGAGAAGGCGGAGGAGACGGAGUCAGCCGAGGCCCUGGAGGGCGCAUCAGUACAGGUGGAGGCAUCUGAACAGGAGCAGGUGAUCCGUCCUCACGAGGCGUCUCAGGUGGAGGAGAUCCUGCGACUGGAGCGGGAGAUCCAGUCGCUGCAGAGGCAGAAGGAGCGCCAGGAGCUCUCUCUGACAGAAGCCUCCCUCAACCGCCUGCAGCUUCUCCGUGACCAGGAGCUCAGGCGCCUGGAGGACGAAGCCUGCAAGGCAGCGCAACAGUUCCUUGACUCACUGAACUUCGACGAGAUCGAUGAGUGCGUGAGGAACAUCGAGAGCUCCUUGGGAGUUAGCGAAGGGGAGGAGAAGGAGAAAGAGAGCGGACGGAGAAGAGGCGACGAGGAAGAGGUCGAUGAAGGGUUUGGGGCUGAUGAUGAGGCCUUCAAAGACUCACCGAACCCAAGUGAGCACGGCCACUCAGACGGCCAGCGGACAAGCGGGAUCCGAACGAGUGAUGACUCGUCUGAAGAAGACCCAUACGCCAAUGAUGGUGUGACCCCACCACUGCCGCCAACCACCCUGCUUCACCAGCCGUUGCCUUUACCGCCUGUGCCCCCCGGUGCCUGCCACAGCGCCUCAUCCAGCGGGGACUCGGCCUACUGCCGCCCCCAGGCUUCGUCUGAGGCUCAGUCCGAUGACCUGGUGGAGCUCAUACCGCCAGACGAGGAUUCAGACUACGACCAGGAUGACUACGAUGAGGGUGCCAUCGUAUCCAGUGGCAGCGUGGCUUUCUCCAACCCUCGCAGUGGCCAGUGGUCUCCUGACUACCGCGGCUCUGUAGGCACCUACAACAGCUCAGGGGCUUACCGCUUCAGCUCAGAGGGCGCUCAGUCAUCGUUUGAGGACAGCGAGGACGACUUCGACAGGUUCGACACCGAUGACGAGCUUUCAUAUCGGCGGGAUUCAGUCUACAGCUGCGUCACGCUCCCAUACUUCCACAGCUUCCUCAUCAUCAAAGGCGGUCUGAUAAACACGUGGAAGCGGCGCUGGUGCGUUCUGAAGGACGAGACCUUCCUGUGGUUUCGGGCCAAGCAGGAGGCUCUGAAGCAGGGCUGGCUCCACAAGAAGGGAGGGGGCUCGUCUACGCUGUCCCGCCGCAACUGGAAGCGCCGCUGGUUCGUGCUGCGGCAGAGCAAACUCAUGUACUUUGAGAAUGACGGCGAGGAGAAGAUGAAGGGGGUGCUGGACAUGCAUGAUGCCAAGGAGAUCAUUGACAACACCGGUAAGGAGAACGGAAUCAACAUAGUGAUGCCAGAGAGGACCUUCCACCUGAUUGCAGAGUCUGCUGAAGAUGCCAGCCAGUGGUUCAGCGUGCUGAGUCAGGUCCACGGCUCCACAGAGCAGGAGAUCAGAGAGAUGCACGAUGAGCAGGCAAACCCUCAAAAUGCUGUGGGAACGCUGGACGUGGGGAUGAUCGAUUCGGUGUGUGCGUCAGAUAAUCCAGAGAGGCCGAACUCCUUCGUCAUGAUCACUGCGAACCGCGUGCUGCACUGCAACGCCGACACGCCCGAGGAGAUGCACCACUGGAUCACUCUGCUGCAGCGCUCCAAAGGAGACACGCGCGUCGACGGCCAGGAGUUCAUCAUCCGAGGCUGGCUGCACAAAGAAAUGAGGAACAGCACCAAAGCCUCGCUGAAGCUGAAGAAGCGCUGGUUCCUGCUUACCCACAAUUCCCUGGACUACUACAAGAGCUCCGAACGUAACGCCCUGAAGAUGGGGACGCUGGUGCUGAACAGCCUGUGCUCCGUGGUUCAGCCCGACGAUAAGGUCCACAAAGAAACCGGCUACUGGAACGUGAUCGUGUACGGCCGUAAACACUCGUACCGUCUCUACUGUAAGCUGCUGAACGAGGCCACACGUUGGGCCAACUCUAUCCAGAAUGUCAUCGACACCAAAGCUCCCAUCGACACGCCGACGCAGCAGCUCAUCCAGGACAUCAAGGAAAACUGUCUGAACUCGGAGGUGGUGGAGCAGAUCUACAAGAGGAACCCCAUCCUCCGCUACAGCCACCACCCGCUGCACUCGCCGCUGCUGCCGCUGCCCUACGGAGACAUCCACCUCACCGCUCUGAGAAACAGAAGCUACACAACGCUGCAGGACGAAGCCCUCAAAGUGUUCAGCUCUCUGCAGCACCUGGAGGGCGUGGCUGACCCGGUGCCCGUCAUCCAGGGCAUCCUGCAGACCGGCCAGGAGCUCAAGCCGCUGCGGGACGAGCUCUACUGCCAGCUGAUGAAGCAGACGAUGCGGACGCCACAGCCCGGCAGCCCUGAGAACCUCUGCAGCUGGAAGAUCCUGGCGUGCAUGUCCUGCACCUUCAUCCCAACCAGGAGCAUCCUCAGAUACCUCAAGUUCCACCUGAAGAGGACUCGAGAGCUCCUCCCCGACUCGGAGAUGGAUCGUUACGCCGCCUUCGCCCUCGACUCGCUGAGGAAGACUCGAUCCAGGGAGAACGUCCCGUCGCAGGAGGAGAUCCGCUCCAUCGUGGCCCGGCAGGACAUGAGCACCACCGUUCACUGCCACGGAGGAGGCUCCUGCAAGAUCACCAUCAACUCACACACAACCGCCGGAGAGGUGGUGGAGAAGCUGAUCCGAGGCCUGGCCAUGGAGGACAGCAGGAACAUGUUCGCUCUGUUUGAACACAACGACACCACAGAGAAAGCCAUCGAGAGCCGCACGGUGGUGGCCGACGUGCUCGCCAAGUUUGAAAAGCUGUCAGCCAGUCCGGACGAACACAACACUGGCUGGAAGUUUUACUUCAAGCUUUACUGCUUCUUGGACACAGAAAAUGUUCCCAAAGACAGCGUGGAGUUUGCCUUCAUGUUUGAACAGGCCCAUGAAGCUGUGAUCCGCGGUCAGUAUCCGGGUCCUGAGGAGACGCUCCAGUUCCUGGCUGCCCUGAGGCUUCAGUACCUCCAGGGGGAUCACAGCUCCCAGGCCAAAGUCCCCGAGAUGUCCCAGGUAUUCCCCAUGGUGCGGUUGCGGGCCCGGGUGCAGAAUUCGGCCAAGACGUUCGCUCCGGGCACAGGCUCGGUGGCCGACCGCUCGGGGACGUCGGAAAGGAAACGCUCGAGCUUCCUGGAGGGAACGCUGAGGCGGAGCUUCAGGAGCGGCUCGCUGAGUCGGCAGAAGCUGGAGGAGGAGAACAGUCUGGAGGCGUGGAUGAGGGAGGAGGCGACAGCGGUGAGAACAAGUGUCAUGGACAAGUGGAAGAAGCUGCAAGGGAUGAACCAGGAACAGGCCAUGGUCAAAUACAUGACUGUGGCUAAGGAGUGGCAGGGAUACGGAUCCACGCUGUUCAACGUGGAGUGCCGGGACGGCUCAUUCCCCUCCGAGCUGUGGUUGGGUGUGAGCCGGGAAGCCAUAUCGGUGUACAAACGAGGGGAGCCGUGGCCUCUGGAGGUUUUCCCGUACGAACAGAUUCUCUCCUUCGGAGCUCCGCUGGCCAGCUCCUACAAGAUCGCUGUGGAGGGCCGAGAGUUAGUGUUUGAUACGCAAAUGGUCAUGGACAUCGCCAAGCUGAUGAAGGCCUACAUCAGCAUGAUCGUUAAGAAGCGCUACAGCAACUGUCAGUCCGUCAGCAGCCACGGCAGCCAGUGUAGCGCCUGGUGAACUCCGCCCUUUAACCUUUGACCUUAUGGCCACUUGCCGGAUUGCCGCAGAGGGCCGAGCGCGGCUGCCGCUGCAGCUGGCCAUACAUUGACGCCCAUCCUCGGCGCUCUGCAGAGAGCAGCUCGUACAUUUGACGUGUCGGACAGACUCUGUGAAUGCUGGAGACAAACCACAACGCUCUUAAUGUUGAGCAGCUCAAACUAUGUUCCAUUCCAAAACAUCAAACAUCCACAUCUGAUCAUCACAAGCUGAAAGGAAAGCUGCUUUCUUUGGUUGCCAACCUUUUCAAAACUCAAGUUACUUAAGAAAUCACGAGUCCUAAAUUGUAAGUUAUCAUACGUCAACAUUUGUACUUCAACUUCAAUAUCGUUAUUUGUAAGAAAAAUUGCAUUUGAUUAAUUAAUUUGCCUCCUGAUGCCACGAAGGGUUCAAGAACCUCGAAACUAAGGUUUGAUGAACAUUUACAUACUUAAAUAGUUUCUACAGUGAAGUCUGAGAUAACACAAUGUUGUGUUCCACAGCAAAACACAGAAGUGUCAAAGAAGAGGCUCAAAGCAUCGACAGGAACAAGAGCUAAUGUAGUCAUCUGAGAACACAAACGAUCGGACAUCAAUACAAAUAUAUGACGGGAACAAUUUAUCCAAACUUUUCCUUCCGACACCUCCUGAGGUAGCCAAAUACAAACAUGCAACAAAUUUCCCACUUGUUUCUCAGACCAGACAACUGAAGGUUCAACACAACCUUAUUGUUUUCACAGUCCUCAUUUAUGCAGAGUUUAAGUUUGGAUUGUUGCUUCCUGAUGCUAAUGUGCUGUGGAGCUACAAGGACUGUCGUUGCAGCGUGGGGCUAUUUGUUACUGAGGGUUUGUGUGUGUGUGUGUGUGUGUGUGUGUGUGUGUGUGUGUGUGUGUGUGUGUGUGUGUGUGUGUCUGUGUGUCCGUGUGUGUGUGCAUGCGUGCAUUCAGUUUUAAGAGAGCUGUGUCUAAAUGUCUGAAUGUAAUAAUAAGAAAGAAGCAGAGAAGAUAAAGAAAAUAGUUAAAGCCUACAAGUCUUUUCCUCUGCUUUGAAAAACUCUGGGACUUGACCUUCUAAGCAAAUGUUCUGAUCUUUUUACUGUAAAUAAUAUGCAACUGUACUCGUCUAAAGCAUUUCUAGUUUGUGAUUGAUUGUUUGGAUUGAUUUGCUGAGGAAUUUGAAGGUCACACACAAAGUGCCUGUUCACACUAAAGCAGGACGAACUGAACUCCAAUCAGACUUUGUUUUAUCGAUGCCACUCUUGUUCCUGUGUAACCAGAAUCUGGAAGGUGCUCCCAUGUUCCCUUUAACUACCAAUGUACUUACACACUGCAGAAUCUGUCCAGCUGCGCAGGUCAUUUAAGCUUAACUUCAAACAUCCAUAGAUUUCUGUUUAAGCGUACAAAUCUGAAGCGCCUUGAUGUGUAAACUUGUUGUGAUGCACCACAUGUCUGUCUCCCAAUCUGCAAACUAUCCAGAGAACCAGCAAUUCUAUCCCAAAUUUAAAGUGAUGAAUGUACAGAAGAGAAGCAGGGGCACCCGGGAAAAAUGUAUUUGAUCUCUGAGCACAAAAAGUCCAAAUUAUAAGUCAGAAUUCAGAGAAUACAAUUAAUUAUGAGUUUAAAUUCAUAUAUUCUUUCCCCCUCAGAAUUCUGACUGUAAACUCGGAGCUCAGUUUACUUUGAUAGAUAUACACUUAAUAUUUUGGGCUUUUUUUUUUUUUACUUUUGUUCUUGCAAAACAGUACCAGAAAAAGAAAACAUGAAAAAAAACCUGCAUACUAAGAGAUAAUUAAUCAUUCCUCUGUUUUGACCACCAGUGCUUCUCGUUUCUAUUGUACAUAGUUGUACAAUUCCACGCACCUGCUAGCACUUACAAAUGCGCAAAAGCCACAUAAUAUGUGCCAGAAAUUGUCACUUUCAUCACCCCCUCCAGAUGUAGCACAGUUAGUGAGGCUUUAAAACAGCACCCAAUGCCCCUUUAAGUAACUCAGACUGCAAGGAUUAAAACAUUAUUAGUAAUAAGUGGUGGAUUUGCAAUGUAAUCAAUCAUAUUUCAGUUUGGAUGACUUGCUCAGUUGGACUGUUUGCAGUGUAACAUUCCUACAACAUUUCACUGGAGCUCCGCGGGCGGCAGAUCCAUCCAAAGACGCGUGUGCAGGUUUCUUCCACAGUGCCUUGUUGUAUAUUGUGUACACUUUUGUUUUCCAUGUGUGGUUUCUUUUUUGGUAUAAUGUGCAAUGUUAUAUAUAUUAUAUAAUCCCGUGGCUGUACAUUUUAUACUGUAAGUCCUUGCCUUCUAUUUUUUCUCCACACAACCAUCCAUACUGGUAUCCUGUUUUUUAUCUGUAUUAGCUGUGUUAUGUAUUGAAAGGAUGAUUCUAACAAUAAAUGAUUACAUAUUUGGUCUGAA